CAUGCGGUACAUGUCAAAUGUGCCUUACUUGAACAAGGGUUGUGUGAACCAUGUGAGAGGUUGUGAGUCACUGAGAGUUGAGGUGAAGUGUUGAUUCCGCACUAACUAUACGUUGUGAACAUUAAGGUGUGAGUAGGUUGACUAAGGUUGGGGCCUUGGUGUCGCAUGAAGGCAAAAAAAAUCUAUUGGGAAUUUGCCCCGUGACAUGAUAUAGGUAGCAUGGUGCCUUCCACGAGCGUUGUCGCAUAAUCUCUCGAGGACGUAGAGGUUGCUGUCUCUUAAGAACUCAGCCAUGUUCGCGCCUCAUUCUCCAUUGCUGCAACUACCAUCACUUCGCCCUCACUCGCUUCUCCCUCUUCGCCAUGGCCGCCACUCUGCUCCUGCUAAAUCCUCAUUACGGAGAGUAAACGCCAAUGAAGAGCUUCUCUCGCCUUCGUCUUCCUCUGGCUACAGGAACUCGACUCGUACUCGGACUCGGACUCGGACUCGGUCUGUGAAGGUUAUGGCGCAGCUGAGGCAUCCAAUUAUUGCGCCGGAUGACCACUGGGGCACAUGGACUGCUUUGUUUGCUAUCGGCGCAUUGGGGCUCUGGUCUGAGAAGACCAAGAUUGGUAGCACAGUGAGUGCUGCUUUGGUUAGCACUUUGGUUGGCUUGGCUGCCAGUAACUCUGGCAUAAUCCCUUAUGAAGCCUUACCUUAUUCAAUCGUCCUGCAAUUUCUGCUUCCAUUAUCUGUUCCAUUGCUUCUAUUUCGAGCAGGCCUGCGUCACGUAAUCCGAUCAACUGGAACAUUGCUUGGAGUUUUCCUGCUUGGAUCAGUUUCAACUAUGAUAGGAACUGUUGUGGCAUUUCUCAUGGUGCCUAUGAGAUCACUUGGUCCUGACAAUUGGAAAAUAGCUGCUGCUCUCAUGGGUAGUUAUAUUGGUGGAUCUGUUAAUUAUGUUGCAAUUUCAGAGGCUCUUGGUGUUUCUCCAUCAGUUUUAGCAGCAGGAGUGGCUGCUGACAAUGUCAUCUGUGCUAUAUACUUUGUGGCCCUUUUUGCAUUGGCUUCUAGUAUAUCUCCCGAACCUGCAACAUCAACUGACGAUGUUUCAAUCAAUACGGACUCUGAUCAUGGCACGAAGCUCCCUGUGUUGCACACUGCUACUGCCAUUGUUACAUCAUUAGCAAUAUGCAAGUUUGUUACAUGGAUUACAAAUAUAUAUGGAAUUCAAGGUGCCAAUCUUCCUGGGAUAACUGCAGUAGUCGUCUUUUUAGCUACAGUUUUCCCAAAACAGUUCAGUUAUUUAGCACCCGCUGGAGAUACCAUUGCCCUGAUUCUUAUGCAGGUAUUUUUUACCGUUGUUGGUGCUAGUGGGAGUAUAUGGAAUGUCAUCAACAAUGCACCAAGUAUUUUCCUGUUUGCUCUAGUUCAAGUUACAGUCCAUCUUGCUGUAAUUCUUGGGUUUGGAAAGCUAUUCAGCAUUGAACUAAAGCUCUUGCUUCUUGCUUCAAAUGCCAAUAUUGGAGGCCCAACAACAGCAUGUGGAAUGGCAACUGCCAAGGGUUGGAGACCUUUGGUGGUUCCUGCUAUUCUUGCUGGCAUUUUCGGUAUCGCAAUUGCUACUUUUCUGGGCAUCGGUUUUGGAUUGAUGAUCCUCAGGCGCAUGUAGAGUACCCGUGAUUGAAAUGCCUAUUGAAGACAGCAUCGGUUUUUGGUUGAAAGGAUCAAGCUAUUCAUCUUCAUGGAAAGAGAUUCGUAUUUAACCUAGAUCAAGCAUUGCCACGUCGGAUCGGGUGCUCCAAAAUUGGAAUUGGCUCUCCAAGAAUGAUGUAGCAUAAAGUUCACAAGGUAAGUCCUGCAGUAUUUUAACAGAUCAUGAAUAACUGAAAAAGCUUUAUGUUGGAAUGAAUCUGAUCUAUAAUUGUCAAGUAACAAAAGAGGAGAAUAAAGAAGAGAAUUGCUGCAGUUUCUCAAUUUCAUGAUGGUUUGAAUUGAA